UGAUAGUCGUUCCAAAAAAAAAAAAAAGACUACUAUCUGAUUUAAAUACAAAUAAAAAAAACAGAAACCAGAAGCAGAAGACACCAGUCUAGCGUGUGGUGGUGAAGAAGAUACACCAGUCUAGCGUCAGACAUAAAAAGACAUUUAAUCGUGUGAAGAUCACAGGCACAGGGGAAGAAGAUAUGGAGAUGGUAGCGUUUCCACUAAUACCGAAGCCAAUAGAAGUAAACUACAGGGCUUGCACUAUUCCUUACAGAUUCCCUUCUGACAAUCCCAAGAUAGCCACUCCCACUGAGAUCUCCUGGGUCAACGUCUUCGCCAACUCCAUCCCUUCUUUCAAAAAACGUGCAGAAAGUGAUACAACUGUUCCAGAUGCUCCUGCAAGAGCUCAAAAAUUUGCUGAAAGGUACCUACCUCUUCUGUGUAUGUAUUUGGUAAUUCCUCAAGAGAUUCGAUUUGGGUUUAAUAUAUCAAUUAUUACUUUGAAUAUGGGAAGAUAUGGGGGGAUUCUAGAAGACUGGAAGAAAGAUCCAGAGAGCCAUGGCGGACCUCCAGAUGGCGUUAGUCUCGGCAGAGCUCGUGAGCAUCUACUCAGAGAGUUAGGAUUCAUGGACAUAUUCAAGAAAGUGAAGGAUGAAGAGAAUGCAAAGGCUAUAUCUCUGUUUCCUGAAGUUGUCAGUCUGAGUGAUGCUAUCGAAGAUGAAGGAGAGCGUUUACAAAAUUUGGUGAGAGGGAUGUUUGCUGGUAACAUCUUCGAUCUUGGCUCUGCUCAGCUUGCUGAGGUGUUUUCAAGAGAUGGUUUAUCUUUCUUGGCUACCUCUCAAAACUUGGUUCCAAGACCAUGGGUCAUUGAUGACUUGGAUAGCUUCCAAUCCAACUGGUUCAAGAAUCGCUGGAAGAAGGCUGUGAUUUUUGUUGACAACUCUGGUGCAGACAUCAUUUUGGGUAUUCUGCCGUUUGCAAGAGAGAUGCUUCGUCGAGGAAUGCAGGUGGUGCUGGCUGCUAACGAUCUGCCAGCUAUCAACGAUGUAACAUAUACCGAGCUUACAGAGAUCUUGUCACAGUUGAAGGAUGAGGAUGGCCAAUUGAUAGGCGUUGAUACUUCGAAACUUGUGAUUGCAAAUUCAGGGAACGACUUAGCGGUUAUAGAUCUGUCAAGUGUAUCACAGGAGCUUGCUGACAUUUCAUCUGAUGCAGACUUGGUCAUUAUAGAAGGCAUGGGUCGUGGAAUUGAGACUAACCUUUAUGCUCAGUUCAAGUGUGAUUCUCUCAAGAUAGGAAUGGUGAAACAUAUUGAAGUAGCAGAAUUUCUUGGAGGGAGGCUUUAUGACUGUGUUUUCAAAUACAAUGAAGUUCAGAGUUAAUUGUAUCAUAUUGAUCUUCUCUCUGUCUGACUUCUCCCGAACAGUGAUUUUUUUUUUUAAUUGAGAUUUGAGAUUUAUGCU